ACCAUCACAACGCAGUAGGACUUGUAUUCUCCAUCAAAGCUGCCAGAAGUCUCCGUGUGCGAUAUUGCUAGCAAAACUAACAUCAUCAAUAUGGGCGUCUCACUGUCUACCGCCAAAUGGCUGGCCCCGCUAUCCUUCGCUGUCGACUUUGCAGCUCAAAACUAUGGCAUGCUUAGCAGUCCCAACAUGAAGGAUGUUCACGAUGCCAACCUAUCGUUCUGGUCACCUCAGCCUUUCUUCAUUGCUGGGUUUUUCUUCCCCCAACAACUGUUUCAGCUUGCUUGGCUUUAUCGCUUGUACAAAGCAGACCCCAAAGUAGAGCCCAUGGCCCCCGACGUGGGCACAAUGGUUGACUUUGCGCCUUUCUAUGCCAUAGGAAAUUUGUGUAUUGCCACAUGGAUGAUCUUCUGGAACAAAUCUGACCUGAAGGUUGCCAAUAUUUUUGUCAUCAUCAACAGUCUUGCCCAGUUGUACUUCAUCUUCAAUCGCCUUCCGCCCAUGAACACCAAGUCUGUCAACUCAGUUCUCACCCACGUCGUUGCCAAAACAUUCGCUGGCAUCGGCGUCUUGGACCUUCUGCACAACGGCUCGGUGGCGUACUUCGUCCACCAGCAGCCUUCUACCACUAUUAAGGUUCUCACCGGCGUUGGCUUCGGGCUGUUGUCCAGCGUCAGUGACUGGAUCUUUGGAGGUUGUCUAGUCUAUGACCUGAUCGCGCUGUCCGUUGGUCAAUCUGCCUAUGGCAACGCUGGCUGGAGUAGGCUCCUCGGCAUUUACGCCGGCGGAGCGGCAGCCAUCGUUGGCGCGCGUAACCUCAUGAGACCGCCAUAUGUCAGCCAGUCUACAGCCGGAUACCAGCCUCUUUAGAACGUCAAGCUACUGGUCUCCCGCCUGCCUCUACGCCCUACCUCACAGGAUAUCCGAAUCAGAUGUGGAGUUAGGGUCAUGGCGCUCGGAAUUCGUGGAUAGCAUGGUUUUCCUGUUUGCGGCAUACUCUUGCCGGUGACCCAUUGUACUUAUAGU